GUUCAGCCACAGCAAAACAAACCCAGAGGAGUUCUGGAAAGGAAAGUUUUUAACUCUGGGUUUUGCUGUUUUAUCAUUGGUGUGGAAAGGUUUUCACCUACUAGGAUCAGUCAAACAACAGAAACUAUGUCAUGAGCUAAAGACGCCGAAAGAGCAGCAUUCACCAGUGACUAACGAGAAAUUUCAGAAUCCAUAACACUAAAUCAUGUUGGGGAAAAAACUGGUGACCUCACAGAAGCGAGGGGAGACCAGGGCAUUAUGCCUGGGACUAGGAAUGGUUGCAUGCUCAGUGAUGAUGUACUUUUUUAUUGGGAUCACAAUUAUGCCAUCCUACACGAACAGCGUUUGGACCAAAGAAACUACGUGCAAACUGCUCAAAACCAACAUCAAGGACAAAGUCCAAUGCUCGUUCAACAACGGUGCAGAUGACGAAAACAUUUUCCAGUAUCCUUGUCUAGAGGUGUUGGUUGAUUUGAACUUCUCAGGACAAGAAGUUAUGCUCUAUCAUAAUGAAGAAACACAGGAAAGAAAUCCCAAGUGCUCCUAUAUUCCACGAAACUUGAAGAACGACAAAGAAGUUAAAAUGCUAAUAGAAACUGCAGCAGAAAAUUUCCGAAAGCAUCAGACUUUCCCUUGUUAUUACGACCCAGAACGAAGACAGACAAGUGUCAUUUUAAUAAGGCUAUAUCCUCCAAAGGGCCUUUUCUUCGCUUUCCUCUGGCCUUCCCUUAUGUUGACUGGUGGAGUUCUGAUUAUCAUCAUGGUGAAAGUCAGUCAAUAUGUUUCUGUACUUUCUGCUUGGCAAUACAAAACAAACAUAUAAAUGCUCCACAAAAAACAAGCUGAAGUUUCUUUUCCCCACACUCUGCCUUCUUAGUCUGUAUUUUGCAAUUCUUAAAAUGUACCAUGAUCAGUGGUCAGAGUUCGAGAGAAGAGAUAUGUUGUCUGAGUUUAUAUACCAUGGAUUACGAUGAGUUAGAUAUAAAAUAAGACAAGUCUGUGGGAUCCCAGGGAUUGCAUGAGAAUAUUCAAAGCUUUUUUGGUGGUAUUUUUUUGUUUUGUUUGUUUUCAUACAUCAGUCAAUUUCUUGAGGGGUUUGAAUGGUUUUUGUUUUACAGAAAGUAGGUUAAAAAUUCAGCAUUCAAGUUUUGUGACAAAGAGCACAUUGCACAUUUGGGGUUUGAUUUUCAGAAAGUCGAGGCCAGACAUCUAAAUACAUCCUUCUGUAACAACUUCACCUACAUAAUUACUGGAACUAUGUACAUACACGGCAGCAUCCUUUACUUGAGUUUGAAGAAGAGCUGAUUGCACACAGUACACAAAGAUAUGUGCAGAAAUGUGCAUGAACCCUGUCACCCUUCUGAAAAAUCAAGCCAUUAGCAUUUACUAUAUAGGAUUCUAAACACUCCACAAACAAUAUAUGUACUUUUUAAAGGUGCAGGAUUUUUGUAAAGACUAGCUUUUGGAGUUAUGUCUCUGCUUUGGUUUAGUUUUUGAAGUAGAUGCCAGGUCUGCCUUUUAAAGUGCUCUCUUUCCUCCUGUAUCUGACAUAUAAUAUUAAAAAGUCACACCAAAGAAGAUAAGAAUGUGUAAAGAUUGUGUACUUAAAACAAUCAGCAAGUGGUGUGACCCAUAGUGCUGUAGAGAAGGAGUUCAGUGAAUUCAUGUGAGCUUAAGAGAUUUGUGGGAGUGGGGAGAGAGAGAGCACAUCUUGCAAAGACAUUUGCAUCAGCAAAGAAAGGUCUAGGAACUAGAAUCCAGGCUUUUGGGACUGCUCUGAUGCGUACACUGAUGGUCUGUUCUCUGAAAAUGACUGUUGCUCUCCACUCAGUUUCCAAUUCACUGCAGUAUACAAUGGGAAUCCAAAGUACUCCAUGUGUAUUGUGUUUGACUAGCUCUCUUGAUAUGGAUAGCACAGGUAGCGUUGCCAACUUUCUAACGGCACAAAACCGAACACCCUUGCCCCACCCCUUCCACAAGGCUCUUCUUCUGCCCCUUCUCUGAGGCCCUGCCUCCCACUCACUCCAGCCCCCUCCCUCUGUCACUCGUUCUCUCCCACCCUCACUUACAUUGGCUAGGGCGGGGAUUGGUGUAAGGGGGGGGUGAGGGCUUCAGC